AUGAUCUUAAAAUGAAUGAAAUUAAAGUAUGGGAGAAUGUUCUUAAAUGGGGUCUUGCACAAAAUCCUGAGCUUUCUUCAGAUCCCUCUAAUUAUUCAAAAGAUGAUUUUAAUUCUUUAAAAAAUACUUUACAACAAUGUAUUCCUUUUAUACGAUUCUAUAAUUUAACUUCUAAAGAAUUUUCAGAUAAUAUUCUACCUUAUAAGGAAAUUCUACCAGAGGAAUUAUUUACGGAUUUAUUAAGAAACUUUUUAAAUUUACAUCCUGAUAGCAAGGUCAAUCAUAAAUCAAAGCCCCGUAUAGCUAAAGAAGGGACACCAACUUCUACAACUAUUGAUGAUGAAAGAAAGAUUGAAAACUCAACCUUUUCAUGGGAUAAUAGAAAGCCCGUUUCAUUAGGUCACAUUGAUGAAUGGAGGACCAACCCAAAACCAAUUUCAUUGAAUGAAAGGCCCAACCCAUGGAAUCGUUCAUGGAGUAAGGUCGCAAAGUCCAACCCAAGGCCAACUUCAUCGGAUGAAAAGUCCAACCCAAGGCCAAUUUCAUCAAUUUUAUUGGAUGAUAACAGUUCAAGGAGCAGUUCAUGGAAUAAGAUCGCAAACAAUCCAAGUCCAAUUUCAUCGGAUGGCUGGUCCAAACCAAAGUCCAUUUUAUUGGAUGAUAACAGUUCAAGGAGCAGUUCAUGGAAUAAGGUCGCAAAGUCCAACUUAAGUCCAAUUUCAUUGGAUGGCUGGUCCAAACCAAAGUCCAUUUUAUUGGACGAUAACAAUUCAAGGAGCAGUUCAUGGAGUAAGGUCGCAAAGUCCAACCUAAAUCCAAUUUCAUCAGAUGACGAUGACUGGUUCAAAAGAAAAUAGUUCAAGGAGCAGUUCAUGGAGUAAGGUCGUAAAG